AUGGUUGAUUGGUUGUGUAGCACUCACAAUAUAUUCCUUCUGUCACCAAUUGUUUGGAGUGAGACAUUUUGAGAUGUGUUCAACAAAUGUCAUUGUCUAUAGCAUUUCUUACAUGUUAGACACGAAAUUCAUCACCUACACAAUGUCAAUGUAACCUAAAAAAAAAAAUACAGCUACACGACUUUAGAUCAUUUUAGAGGUGAUAAAAAAUUCGACUAAGUCGGGCCUUAACAUUAAUUUUCAUGCUCAAAGCCUUAAAACCGCUAAAAGUGACGAGCAUGUCAGGACAAUAAGCUUCUUGGGCUUUUAGGGUCAGAUUUGGGUUUUUAUCUAAAAAAAGGUAUUUUGUUUGCCUAAACCCGCCCCUUUUUGGGCCAGGCUAGCGGGCCAGGCUGUAGUGAGAUUAUUUAUGGUAUACGAAGAAAAAAAAAAAGAGGGAAAAUAUCCCGCUUUCAUUUAUUUUAAUUUUCGAGGCUUGUUAGGGCUCCAAUAUGAGGAACAAAUAAGCAGGAUUCCGGCCAAAUUCAAACUUUUCCGACGAAGAAAUUAACUUCAAAAUCUCUCUUUCUCUCUAGGUAUGCUCGUCUUACUUUGAUUCAUUGCUUAAUUUCCUCACUCACAUACUCACUCUCUUCCUGCGGCGUCGCAGCUUUGAAUUAGGUUUUUUUUUUUUUUAUAAAGUGAAUUUGAAAUUGAAGGAUUUGAUGUUUAAAUUAUAGGAUUAUCUUUCAAUUGAGGAUUUGGGUAUUGGAUUAACGUAUUGAAUUUGUUAAUUUUGCUGUUGAAUUCAAAUGGGUAAUGAAGAAAUCCCACAAUCUAGUAGAAGAACAACAAGAUCUUUGGUUUCUGCAGAUAAUUGUUCAGAAAAACCAAGAAAGAGUAUUUCUUAUAAACCAACAGUUUAUGAUUUUAUAUAUAGUUCUAGAAAUGGCGAUGAUAAAAAUUUAAGUUUGGAUGAUCUUAUUUCUAGCUUUCCUGGUAGAACUACUCAGAUUACUGAGGUUUUAGGUCAUUUGGGUCCCUUGAAUUCUCCUAUGCUUCCUUUAUUUAUUUAUGGCGGUACUUCAACCGGGAAAACUAGCAUCAUCCUUGAGAUUUUUCGAUAUCUUAAGCGGCCAUUCGUUUAUUCGAGCUGUGUUUCGUGUUAUAGUCCUAGGAUUUUGUUUGAGUCUAUCUUGAAUCAGUUGGCAUUUCAUAAAAGGAGUGAGGAAAAUGGUUACUUGAGUGUUAAGAAGUGUGAUAAGCCCUCUGAUUUUGCCAACUUUGUUAAAGAAGCAUUGGUUAGUGUUUUGGACAUUUUGAAGGGGAAAUCUGCGAAAUUGAGUUCGAAGAGAAGGUCUACAGAUGAUUUAGGGAAUAUGAUUUACUUAAUUUUCGACGAUUUUGAGCUUGUUCGAGAGUGGGAUAAAAGCUCUACGGUUUUGCCUUUUCUGUUUGGUCUCUAUCGAAUGCUGGGUUUGCCUGAAGUUGGUAUAAUCUUCUUAAGUAAAGUGUCUCCUGAUGUUUACUAUUCAAAUUCUGGUCAUUUUGAGCCUGUCCCUCUAUAUUUCCCUGGAUAUACGGAGAAGGAUCUUCGUCAAAUUUUCAUGCUGAAAAGAGAAAAACCGGAGCUUAAUUCCUGUUUCCUAGAUAUUGUUCUGAAGCCUUUCUCUAGAGUCACAAGACAAGUUGAUGAAUUAUCUGUUGCAUUCCAUCCACUGUAUGAGAAAUACUGUGAGCCCUUGAAUGAUCCAGGAUCUAACUUUAGCUGGGAAACCAAACAAAAAAGAGAAGAUGCAAAGCGAAGACUUUUUAGUCAUCUUGUGCCGCAUAUUCGCCCUUCUCUUAAUGAAGUUUUUAAAAUUUCAUCACUUGAUGUUGAAGCUAAAACAAACGUAGUGAAGGGAAAGGCAAGUGCAAAGAAAUUGGGAGCUCAGGAGGAAGAGUUGGAUUUCCACAUGUGUGUUUCAGCAAAGUAUCUUCUUAUUUCAGCAUUUCUUGCUUCAAGAAAUCCUGCUACUCUUGAUGCUUCAUUUUUUGAUUCGACAGGAGGUCAAUCUAAUGGCAGAAAGAAGAGAAAGUGUUCUGAGAAGUCAACGGAGCAGAAGGAAAUGGCAGAGCAGGAAUUACUUUUGAAGGGCCCUGGGACUUUUCCAUUGGAAAGGCUAUUAGCUAUCUUUCAGUGCAUCACAUAUGGGAUAGAUGAGUCUGUUGACGAAGAAGUGCAUGAUGAUGAUGAUGAUGGCUCCCUGGGAAACCAAGGAGCUCAGAAUGACCUCACUUCUAAUGUUCUUUUGCAAGUGUCCAGUCUCUGUAAUGCUAAUUUUGUAAGUAAGGGAAGCAGUUGUCCACUGGAGGGCUCAACUCGUUACAAGUCUACUGUAUCUGAAGAAUUGGCUGUGAAGAUUGCAAGAAGUCUGAAGUUUCCCAUUUCAAGAUACCUGUAUAGACGAUGAUCUGGCUUUCUUGUACUGAUGCCCACACCAGCAUAAUGUUGCAUCUCGGGAUGGCCAUUGAAAAAAUUGACAUAUGAUGGCACUUUUUUGCUUAGACUCUUUUACUAAUUUGGAAGAUUGUUUGGCCUCAACUCUUUGCCGUAGUUUGGGAGGAAGUCUUGCGUAGUUUAGAUAUAAGAUUCACAUGCGAAGGGUGGUAAUGCACAAGCUGAUCUACAGGUAUAUGUUCCAGCUGCUGUUAAGACUCAUGUAAAUGAUUAAUUGCAUUGCACUUUCCUGCUUAAGGUACUUGCUACUUGUAUAUUUUCUUUUUCUGCUUUUGUUUUUAUUAUCAUCUUAGACUGUAACUGUAAAUCCAUUAUGUCAAACAGCACGAAUCUGCUAUGUGCACCCUAACUUAUGCGAUCAUGCGUAUGUAACAUCAUUGUUUGGAAAGAGUAAUUUCGGAGAGAGAUUAUGCAAUUUAAAUGAUUUCAAAUUAAUGCUUAAUAACUAAUUGCAGUACUGUUUAUUGUUCUGUACAUGUUUGU